AUGACCGAGGACCAUGCCACUUACUCAAAGGACUUUCCCGAAGGAUAUGGAGACUUUAAGCUCAUCGCCAGUGAUGGAGUGAUAUUUUGCUUUCCAAAGGCCUUUCUUUCCUGGAUGUCGCCCGUUUUCGCCGACAUGCUCUCCGUUGGUGGCGACACUUCAGACGCUGGGGACAUACAAAAGCAGGUAUCCGUUACAGAGGAUUCUACGACGCUAGAUCUUUUGUUGCGGUUCUUCGAUCCAAAGAAGAAAGUGCGCCCCUUGGAAGAGCAGACGCUCCCUGCACUCUUGGAGGCUGCGAGGAAAUACCAAGUACCAGAGGUCAUGGAUUGGUGGGAAGAACAGGUCAAACUGGAGAAGCAAGGUCCAUCUAACGAAGUGACUACGGUGAUUAAGUACCCUAUGCUCUCCCUCGCCCUGGCUGUUCGACAUGGCCUCGACAAUACCGCACAGUUGGCUCUUAGGGAGCUGAUCAAAGCACCCUCUUCAGAAAUUCAGACAAAAUUACACUUUGACAGCACACUUCUCACGCAUCUCAUUCAACUACGACAAGCACGCUACAAGAUACUUUCCUCAAAGAUGCUUGACUAUUAUAUGAGUCGCGAUAGAUGCGUAGAUUGCAUAUGGCACUAUGCAGAGCUGUCUCAUCACAUGGCUAGGCUUAUCGCCGCAUUAACUGACGAGCCUUCACUCCGGAUCUGUCAAACGGCAGUAUCGUGGCCAGUCUCUCCUUGUCGAUGGGUACAUUGGGCCAGCUCUCAAGAAAUGCUCGAGAAAUGGUGGAUCUCCGAGAUAACCACACUAGAAGACGAGCUUCCUUCCCUACCCGCAAAGCCAUGGUGA